AUGGCUGGCGCGUUUGCCGGUAUUGCUGAACACACGGUCAUGUAUCCAGUUGAUCUCAUGAAGACACGAAUGCAGGUCAUAAAUCCUUCGAGCGGGACCAUCUACACAGGCAUAUCAAACGCCCUAUCCACAAUCUCAAGGUUAGAAGGCAUAAGAACACUAUGGCGUGGAAUGUCUAGUGUGGUUGUUGGAGCCGGUCCGGCACAUGCAGUCUACUUUGGCACCUAUGAGGUGGUCAAGGAUCUCGCAGGCGGCAACGCGCAAGAUGGAAAGCAUCAUCCUCUGGCAGCGGCAUCUUCAGGAGCGUGUGCGACAAUAGCCAGUGACGCUCUGAUGAAUCCCUUCGACGUGAUCAAGCAGCGGAUGCAAGUCCACGGGUCGACAUACCCAACCAUAUGGAAUUGUGCACGCACAAUUUUCCGCACAGAAGGCUUGUCCGCCUUCUACGUCUCCUAUCCCACAACCCUCACCAUGACCGUCCCCUUCACCGCCUUCCAAUUCAUGGCCUACGAAUCCUUUUCGAAAGUAAUGAACCCCUCUAAAGCCUACGAUCCCAUGACGCACUGUGUAGCUGGUGGGCUAGCGGGUGCGUUCGCAGCGGGAUUCACAACGCCGUUAGAUGUGAUCAAGACACUUUUGCAGACGAGAGGGUUGAGUCAGGAUAAAGAGAUUCGAGGUGUGAGUGGGUUGAUGGGCGCAGCCAGGAUAAUAAAAAGGGAGUACGGCUGGAGUGGCUUCUUUCGAGGGUGGAGGCCGAGAAUCAUCACGACUAUGCCGAGUACCGCGAUUUGCUGGAGUUCGUACGAGAUGGCUAAGGCCUACUUUAGGAGGACGUUACGUGAAGGUGAGGCUGCCAGAGCAUUGUGA